AUGGAGGAAAUCAAUAUGGGAGAAAACUAUCCACAUAUGGGUUUGGGGAAGAUGAAAUUAGAGAAAGAGAGAGAUGAGGGGAGUAGGGGGGACCUUGUCACCAAAGGUGGUGGAAAUAGUUUGGAGGUUAUGAUUUUACGUGGGUUGUACGGUCUUGAUAAAGUGGAGGUUAUAAAGUUUAUGAGAGCUCUUCUUGCAGGAAAGUUCAGGCAACUACGACAUCUUGUGAGUGAGAUAUCCGAAAGUGGUGGUUUAUUAGAUACCGGUGACGACAGUGAUAUACGUUAUAGUGUGAGUAGCAUUAUUCCCUCAAAGAAACUAAUGAAACAAAGGCCUAAUUUCUGCCUUGUUAACAAAAUCUAUUGAAACAAAGGCCUAAUGUGUUGUGCAGUAUCUUAUGAUAUCAGGACAGUAUAUAGUUACUCAUACUGAUUGAAUUUACACCAGUUUUGUUGAGAUGAACAAUUGAGCAUCAAUUAUUUGUAUGUACGUUGGAGCUAGCUAGUUUUGCUUUUUCUUGCCAGAUUUGUGUAGGAACUU